AUGGCGGGAAACGAUUGGAUCAACAGUUACCUGGAAGCGAUCCUGGAUGUAGGUCCAGGGCUUGAAGACAAGAAUUCGUCGUUGAUGUUGAGGGAAAGAGGGAAAUUCAGCCCCACUCGGUACUUUGUGGAAGAGGUUAUCACGAAAUUUGAUGAGACCGAUCUUCGUCGUUCUUGGGCCGUGGCCUCGUCCAUUCGGGAUUCACAAGAACGAAACACAAGAUUAGAGAAUAUGUCUUGGAGGAUUUGGAACUUAGCGCGUAGGAAGAAACAGCUAGGCGAAGAAUCUCAAAAUAGAAUGAAACAAGAAAAGGGACAAACAAAUGUAAUUCUCAAACCGUUGCUUGCUGAUAUUUCAGAAGAGUUAUCAGAAGGAGAGAAAGGAGACACAAUUACCGAACUUUCACCAAAAGGCGUUAGCACUAAAGGUGGAAUGAAAAGAAUUAAUUCGGUCGAUGUGUUGAAAAACUUUGCUACUCAACAAAAGGAAAAGAAACUCUACAUUGUAUUAAUAAGUAUUCACGGUCUCAUUCGUGGUGAAAACAUGGAGCUUGGACGUGACUCUGAUACAGGUGGCCAGGUUAAGUAUGUAGUAGAAUUAGCAAGGGCAUUAGGGGCAAUGCAAGGGAUUUAUCGAGUAGAUUUGCUAACAAGACAAGUGUCAGCACCAGGCGUUGACUGGUCAUACGGCGAACCAACAGAAAUGCUAACUCCACUCAACGCCGACGACUAUGAAACCGGCGAGAGCAGUGGGGCCUACAUAAUCCGAAUACCCUUCGGUCCAAAAGACAAAUACAUCCCAAAAGAACACCUCUGGCCCCACAUUCCAGAAUUCGUCGAUGGCGCUUUAGCCUACAUCUUACAGAUGUCAAAAGUUUUAGCUGACCAAAUCGGCGACGGAAAACCAGUCUGGCCGGCGUCAAUUCACGGCCAUUAUGCCGACGCCGGAAAUGCUGCUGCUCUUUUAUCAGGCACUUUGAAUGUUCCGAUGCUGUUUACUGGUCAUUCACUUGGUCGCGAUAAACUUGAGCAGAUUUUGAAACAAGGACGACAAUCGAAGGAUGAUAUCAAUACUACUUAUAGGAUAAUGAGACGAAUUGAAGCGGAGGAGAUAGCUGUUGAUUCAUCGGAAGUGAUUAUUACGAGCACUAGACAAGAGAUUGACGAACAAUGGGGUUUGUACGAUGGGUUUGACCCUGUUUUGGAGAGAAAAUUAAGAGCUAGGAACAGACGGAAUGUGAGUUGUUUUGGCAGAUUCAUGCCUCGUCCAGUCGUAAUACCUCCGGGAAUGGAGUUCAAGCAUAUUGUUUCACAUAAAGAUGAUCCAGUCGGAACUCCAGAUCCACCUGUUUGGUCGGAGAUAACGAGGUUCUUUAGCAAUCCACGCAAACCGAUUAUCCUCGCUCUAGCCCGACCCGACCCGAAAAAGAACUUGACCACUCUGGUGAAAGCUUUUGGGGAGAAUCGUUCAUUGAGGGAGCUUGCAAAUCUCACAUUGAUAAUGGGAAAUCGUGAUGGUAUCGAUGAAAUGUCUCCCACAAAUUCAGCGGUUUUACUUUCGAUUUUGAAGUUGAUUGACAAAUACGAUAUGUAUGGUCAAGUUUCAUACCCAAAACACCAUAAGCAAUCCGAAGUUCCUGAUAUAUAUCGCUUAGCAGCAAGAACCAAGGGUGUGUUCAUCAAUCCAGCGUUCAUCGAACCAUUUGGUCUCACUCUGAUAGAGGCAGCAGCGUAUGGUUUACCAAUGGUAGCGACUAAGAAUGGAGGUCCUGUUGAUAUUCAAAAGGUUCUUGAUAACGGAUUGCUAAUCGAUCCACACAAUCAGCAAUCCAUAGCAGACGCGCUUUUGAAGCUUGUAGCAGAUAAACAUCUAUGGGCGAGAUGCAAACACAACGGACUCAAAAACAUUCAUCUCUUCUCAUGGCCGGAGCAUUGCAAGAAUUAUCUAGCUCGCAUCGCUUGUUGCAGACCAAGGCAUCCGCAAUGGGAAAGCUGCGCAGUAGGAUACGAAUACUCAGAAUCACAAUCACCUGAAGAUUCACUACGAGAUCUAAACGAUUUGAAGAUUUCAUUAGAUGGAGUGAUAAACGAUCAAGGAAUUCUCGACAUCUAUCAGAAAGCCGACGUGAAUUCCCCAACCUUCAAGCGAAAAUUAAGCAUCGGGAAAAAACUAGAAAGUUUGACCAAAUUAUCAGCCAAACUCGAGAAAUCCGCUGCACAUAAAGCCGAAACCCUAGCAAAAAUCGCGUCUCAAGACAAACUCGAGUUUCCAGGAAUAAGAAGGAAGAAAUCGUUCAUCGUUGUGGCUGUAGAUUCCGGAAUGACUAAAGAAUUUCUGGAGAUUAUAAAGAUGAUGAUUGAGAUUGCGAGAAUGGAAAAGGGAGAAUUCGUAGGGUUGAUAUUAUCAACAGCUGCAUCGAUAUCUGAAAUACAUUCGUUUCUGCAAUCUGGUAAAAUUGAUCCAUUGGAAUUCGAUGCUUUUAUUUGCAACAGUGGUAGCGAGAUCUACUAUCCAUUAUCAUCAUCGGGAUUUGAAGGGAGUCCUAAGGAGCUUCCGUUUGAGUUGGAUUCUGAAUACACUUCACAUAUUGAUUAUCGUUGGGGAGGAGAACAGUUGAUGAACACUUUACUUCACUGGGCUUCCGCCAUUAGAGAACGGAAGAAAGAUAAAGAACUGGUUGUCCCAUGCGAUUCAGGAUCCAUACAUUGUUUUACAUUCAGUAUCAAAGAUUCAGAUCCAUUACCACCAAUAAAAGACCUUCGUGAGUUUUUAAGAAAGCAAGUUCUUCGUUGCCAGGCUAUUUAUUGCCAAAAUGGUACCAAAUUGAACGUCAUACCUUUAGUUGCUUCUCGAGCGCAAGCCCUAAGGUAUUUGUACGUUAGAUGGGGGGUAAAUUUGUCAAACACAGUAGUUAUUGUGGGAGAAUAUGGGGAUACUGAUUAUGAAUGUUUACGUGGUGGAAUACAUAAAACAUUGGUACUAAAAGGAGUUUGCAAUGAAGCCAAAAAGCUUCAUAGCAAUAGAAGCUAUCCUCUUGAACAUGUAAUUACAUGUGAAGGUCCUAAUAUCAUUCAUGUUGAGGAAUGCAACAAGAAUCAAGUAAACGAAGCAAUUAUGAAACUAGGAGUUUUGAAAGUGUAGUUUUUGACUCAUAUGUUUCUAAAUGAAAAUUGUUGCAUAAAGGUUCUCAUAGUUUAGUGCAUAUAAAAUGAGGUUAUUUGUUAACUGGAUUUUUUUUGUUUGAUUGAUUAUAAACGUAUAAUAUAGGUUGUUAAUUUUGUAAUUAUGUUCUUAGAAAUGGAUUUUUGUUUUUUUCUUUAA